AUGCCUCCCUUUUAUGUGUCAUUGGCAGCCAAGGGCAUCAAGGACCGAGUCGAGGCCUUGUUCGCGACAAGUGACAAGGUAUACCUCGGCACCAAUACCGGUACUCUCUACAUAUACGACUUGGCAAAGGCUGAAGGUAGUGAUGAACCCAAGUUGACUCUGCAAGAUACCAAAAAGGCGUUUGUGCGAAGGCAGAUAGACCAACUUGGGGUGCUCAAAGAUAUCAGUUCGCUGGUCGUUCUCUCGGAUAGUGUCGUUACACUCUUCCCGCUCUCCACGCUCUCCACGCCAACCGUCCUCACUCAGACUCGUAACGCAUCGGUAUUCGCGCUCGACACCUCUGUUCAGUACGAGCUCUCCGACGGCUCUUAUGCCACGGCUGCGCAGUCUGGCUCUAGAGGCAUCGCGACAGUCGUCACAGUUCUAGCAGUAGGGUGUAAACGUAAAGUCGUCAUCUUUCGUUGGCAUGAUGGAGAAGCUCAGCCCGUCAAGGAACUCGCCUUGGACCAUACACCGCGCGCAAUUGCGUUCUCCACGCCACACACCAUCGUCAUGGCCUAUCCACCUCCCGACAACGCGGUUCUGUCGCUCACUACCAUGGCUCUUACCGAGUUUGUCACGCCGGCUACGACGACUGUGAGCAGUAAUCCCGGGAUGGGCAUGAGUAUGGGUAUGGGCGCCUUGACUGGGUUGGGUGGAUACAUGGGCCUUGGAGCCAAGGCCAAGUUUGCGGCUGUCAAGAUUGAAGAAGGGGAAGUGCUGAUUCCUAAAGAGUCCACCGGGUUGUUCUUUGGUGUGGAUGGACAGACGACGAGGUCGGUUGGAAUUGAUUGGCCAGCGCCGCCCGAGGAAACCGUGUACACGAAACCGUACAUUAUCUCAUCCUUUCCACCAAACUCCUUGCCCGAUUUAGACGCCCCAACCACAGCAAUCGCAGCAGCUAUAACAACGCCCGCAAUCUCCAACUCUGCCCUCCAAAUACGUUCGGCUCUACCCAACCCAACCGCCCCUUCCGCCCCCGCCAGCGACCAAGCUUGGGGCGCAUCCAAACAACCUACUAUUGCCCCUCAUACUCUCCGUUUGUUAACGACUUCCCCAGGGACAGGCCCCGCCGCCCCGACCUUUAUACUCAGCACGCCCACCGACCGCACAGCGCUCGCAAACGAAGGGAGCACGAUGUGGGCACUCAUCAUGCACCCAUGGCAAGACCAAAUCUCGGAACUCGUCCACCACGAAAAGUACGCAGAUGCACUGGCUCUACUCGGCGUCGUAUCCGUUCAACCCGAUCCGACGAAACACAUUCAAGGACUGAGGGGUGUGCAGCUGUUCCAAGAAGGCCAGUUUGAACAGGCGAUUGAUAUGUUCUUGGCCUUGGAUAUGAACCCGGCCAAGGUUAUUGCGCUUUAUCCGGAUUCGAUUUCGGGUCGGCUGUCGGCGCCGAGGGAGACAUGGAUCGAGUUGUUUGGCGGCGAGGCGAAAGUGCGGGAGGAGACCAAGGCGACCAAUGACGACGAAGGCGAAAAGUCGAUCGCACUUGUAGAGGGCGCAGAAGAGGAAGAUGUACAGAAAGCUGUAGCGGCCGUUGUUGGGUCUCCGCCAAAAGAGUCUCAGUCGCCUCCCGCAUCCAUCAUAGGCAGCGGGGGUAUUUCUAGCAGACUCAAGGCUGGUUUGGGUGCUAUGGUAGUGAGGGAUGACUCGGAAUCCAUCAAGGAUACUUCAUCGUCCAAGACCAAGAAAGGACCUGACGAAUUCGCGCUUUCCACUCGUGCGCUUGGAACGUUCCUUGUUGAUCGGCGGCCCAAGAUCCCAGCUGCGCUCCAGCCAUUCGGAAUCACCGCAGCCCAAUCUGCCGAUCUCCCCGCCCUCUCGGCUGCAUCCGUCGACGAACUAAUGGCUCUUCCCAGCGCCCCGUUAUCUACACUGACACCAGAACAACUUGUUCGUGCCGCUCAGCUGGUCGAUACGGCUUUGUUCCGACUGUACUUGUUUACUAAACCCUCGAUGAUUGGGGCUUUGUGUCGCGUGGAUAAUUGGUGCGAGGUCGUGGAAGUCGAAGAGGCACUCCGGGCUAGAAAGAAAUUCACAGAACUUAUUGACCUUUAUCGCGGGAAAAAGAUGCAUGCCAAGGCUCUUGCCUUACUGUUCGACUUAAGCAGAGAGGAAGACGAUCCUCUGGACAAGUACCCACCCAGUAUUCGGUACCUACAGAAACUCGGGCCAGAGUACUUGGAUCUUAUUUUCAAGUCGGCUCGCUGGAUAUUCGAAGAGAAACCGGAUAUGGCGUUCGACAUCUUUACGGCUGAAGAAGUUGAGCUGCCGGCCAAAGAGGUCGCAGAUUACCUAGAGAGCAUCGACCCCAUGAUAUGUAUUAAAUUUAUCGAGUAUCUGUUCGCCGAGCGGCAAGUAGAGUCCAAGACUUUUGGAGACCGAUUGGCAGAGCUCUACCUAAGACAAACGAUCAAGUUGAAAAAGGAGCGAUCUUCGGAGCAUGAACGCUUAUAUUCCAAGUUGCUUGCGUUUGUCAAUACUUCCAGUUACUAUGACUUUGACCGACUAUAUGCUCUACUCCCCCAGACCGACUUGCACGAGGCACGUGCUGUUGUACUCGGAAAGCUCGGGAACCACUAUGGUGCACUCGAGAUCUACGUUCAUAAGAUGCAGGAUUAUACAGAAGCCGAAGAGUACUGCAAACGGGUCUAUCAGACCGAACCAGAUCUACAUGGCGUAUUCUUGACGCUUCUCAAGAUCUUCCUACAACCCGUACAGCCCAAUACACCUUUGCUCUUGCGGCCCGCACUAGACCUAAUAUCUAGACAAAGCCCGCGCAUCGAUCCAGUCGCCACGUUGGAACUUUUACCUCCACUAGUGACUACUUCCGACCUGCGGACGUUCUUGCACACAGCGCUCCGUAACCCUCGGGUAGACACGAGGAUCGAGCGAGAACUCUGGCUUGCUCGGAGCCAGCAGGCGGAUCGUCGGGUUGCAGCCCUUCAUUCCAGAAGGGUCCGCGUCACAGAUAGCAGAAUAUGCCCCCAGUGUAACAAACGACUGGGCAAUAGUGUGGUUGCGGUUCAUAUGCCACGGGGAGAAGUCACACACUACCAAUGUCGAGAAGCAUUCUCCAAGCGUCUCAACGACCCUCAGAAUCGUCUCUUGUGA